AAAAAUAUUAAAAAUACAUAGGCACACAUUUUUUUUAUAAACAUUAUAAGUUCGAAUUUUGACAAAAUUUAUCAAAUUUAAAUGUUAUAAUUAUUUUGUAGUUAAAAAUGUAUAAAACGUUUAACUUUUAUAGCUAAUAUUUGAAAAUUUAAAAAAAGAUUCUACAUAAAUAGGUUAUAUAUAUAGAUUACUUUAUUCACAAUAAUAUCAUCAAAUAUACUUGGUAAUAUCAUAGGCCAACUGAGUAACUGACCGAAGACGGUCAGUAUCGUUUCUCGUAUACAAUGAUAUUUUAUCAUUGAAUUCAAAUUUAACACCACCCAUUAUUGACCCACUUAUUAUCCCACCUAUCAUUUCAGUUGAUGAUUGUCGAAAAAGAUGGAAAAACAUGAAGGAUACUUACAAUAGACACAAAAGAAAUAGGAAAUUAGGAACGGGAUCGUCAGCGCUAAGCAAACCAACAAAGUGGGCAUUAUCAGAUGCACUAUCAUUUCUAGACGUUGUUUUAUAUGAACGAGAAUGUUUGUCCAGUAUUCAACCCUACACAAAUGAGUAUGCUAGUGAAAAUGAAAAUAACUCUAUUUUAGAAGAUUCAGAGGUUCAAGAAUUGAAUAAUACACCAUCAAUAAUUCCAUCUACAUCACAAGGCUAUGUGGGGCCCAUAGAAGAUAUUAUAGAAGAUAAUAUAGAAAAUAUUAAUUCAGUACCCGAAAAAAGAAAGAGUAACACUGAAAAAUGGCCCCCCAAAAAACAAAAACAAAAUGAAGAAUGGAUCUCUGUAUUAAAACAAGGGAGUGAAGAGAGAAAAAAAAUUUUUGAAAUUAUCAAUAAAGUUGAGGAGGAUGACCCGAUUGAUACUUUUUUCAAGAGUAUGGCAUCAACAGUGAAAACUUUUUCUACUAGCUUAAAAAUUAAAGCAAAAAAGGAAAUUUUUGACAUUGUUAAUAAUUUGGAGUUUCAAAAUCAUGGUAUUAAUAAUGAUUCAACACCCAGAAUAUAUUCAUCAUCUCCAAGUACACAGUCAUCUCAAUCAACAUUUACGACGUAUAAUCACCCAGUUCCUGUAGAAGGUUUACCAGAAGUAGCCAACAACUAUCAAAUAUCAAGAGAAAAUUGGAUGCAGUAUGGAGAAGAUUAUGAUCAAUAAACUCUAUACAUUUUUUUAUUUAUUUGAUAUAAAAAAUGUUUAUUUAAUUUUAAAAUAAAUUGUUAUUUUUGAUUUUCAUUUGUAAGUACAUACAUAUUAUGUUUAUUUUUUUUAUCAAGGAAAAGGUUUUUAUUUAAUUUUAAAAUAAAUUGUU